GGGGGUUGAAACCAGAUGACCAUUAUCAUUGUGGUCUUUUUCAACCCAGGCCAUUCUAUGAUUCUAUGUAUAAAAUAAGCAUGUGUUAUCAAGCCAUGUUGUCUUUUAAAGAAACUUAGAAUUGGCAUGUGUUUUCCUGACAUAACCUGGGUGAAAACAGUUAGUGCCUAAAUUUCAAUUACCUUUCUAGGUAGCUUGUGAGGUGAUGAAGGCACCUGAGUAUUUUAUUAGGGUUAUAUGUAACUCUCAAUUAUCCGAGAGCUCAUCUUGUGCACUGUGGUAUUGUAAAUCCUAUUAGCUAUCUUGUUCCUGUUACAAAAGUUCUACCAGACUAUUCUGCUCCUUGGGAGAGGUUGUACUACAUGAUGACAGCUGCUAUAGACUGAGUGGUAAUUCUUAUUCUCAGACUGUAGGUCUUUGCUAGUGUCAUCUGAUGGACACAGCAGUCAUCUUGGUGCCAUGACUUCCUCCUACAAGAGCAGUAUAGUUUCAGGGUGCUUUGCUUGGGAUCUCUGAUGUGCGUGCUUGCCCUCACAGAGUGGCUGGUUUAGUAAGAACAUCUGGUCAGCCCAGCACCAUUUGGUUAGCUGGCAUAGAAUGUUGUGAGGGAGCACAUUUCCAUUCUAGUGAUGAAGCUUAGAGUACAAAAUGUGCAAUGACGUUGGUCAGUAUUGUCCAACUUGUUUCAAAGGUAUCAAAGCAAAGCCCAAAAGGAGGAUAAAAACAUCACUGUAAAGGUAUAAUGCUUCUUCAGUGAGAUGUUAUAAACUAGAAUGAGGUGAAGAAGAAAAAAGAAAAAACAACUGGGAUAACCUGAUUCUUAAAGGAGAUAGGAAGUGUCCACGUACUGUGCAUGCUGGUUUUGCUUAAUGAUCCAUGAGAGAAUGUGGAUUAAUGACUGCAGCAACAGACCUUGCAGCAAGCCUUCAACUGUCCACUGGGUCUAGCUCUUCACCCUUGGAGUGAGCAAGUGAGAGGUGAGAGUGUUCAGAGAUCGCUGUGACACCUCCAUGUCAUGCAUUCUUCCAUCUGUGCCAUAAUAGCCAUCAGAAGGAGCUCUGUCUCUGAGUACUUGGGAGUGCCAGAAAUAUUCACACCACCUGGGUCAGCGAUAAAGCCUCAAGUCUAUGCUGAGAUGCUGCACAGUGUGUUCUGGAGUUCAGGACGGUACAUCUCUCAGACAAAAGACCCUCUUCCUGACCUCUCAUUGGUACUCAAAGAUAUUGCCUGAGAUGGACUCAGGAGGGAGGAAUGUGAAGCCAUGGAAGAUAGCUGUCAUCGUUGUGUCAGUGAUAACCGGUCUGGCCAUCAUCAUUGGCUUGAUUUCUUAUUUUUUGUGCCAUUAUCAGGACCGAUAUUACAAUGCAACUUUCCUUAUCACCAAUGUCCCAUAUGACCUUCAGUAUGGAAGGCAAACGACAGAGGAGUUCAGAUACCUGAGCCAAGAGAUUGAAACUAUGAUGUCUAAAGUAUUUAAGGGGUCCUUUCUGAGCCGCAAGUACAUUAGAUCCCAUGUCAUCACUCUAAGCCCAGAUCCUGGUGGAGUGCUUGUAUCUGUUGCUCUGGUAUUUAAAUUUCCCUCAGCUGACAGUAAGGCAACAAGCUGGAGUCAUGUCAACAGUGUGUUGCGUAGAAGGCUUGAAACAAGCUCAACGUUCUUGAAUGUUGACCAGUCUACUAUUAAACUCACAGAAUUGAAUAAGGAGAAUGGAGAUAACCUUAUAAACAACUUCUGUGGAAUACGAAAGGAGGCAUUCUCCUUCUCAGGAGUGGAAAGAAUAACUGAUGGACAACGUGCACGGGAUGGAGAAUGGCCAUGGCAAGCUAGUAUUCAGCUUGAUGGGACACAUUACUGUGGUGCAUCAGUGAUCAGUAAUACAUGGCUAGUGACUGCAGCCCAUUGUUUUAAGGCAGGAAGAGAACCUCGGAGAUGGACUGCCAGUUUUGGAAUUCUGUUGAGGCCUCCAAAACAGAGAAAAUAUGUCCGAAGAAUUAUCAUUCAUGAAAAAUACAAUGGCCUUUUCCCUGAUCAUGAGUAUGAUAUAGCUCUUGUGGAACUUGCCUCAUCUAUUGAGUUCACAAGUGAUGUGCACAGUGUCUGUCUUCCUGAAGCAUCUUACAUAUUACGAGAUAAUACUUCCUGUUUUGUCACAGGUUGGGGAGCUUUGAAGAAUGAUGGCCCUAGUGUUAAUCAGCUUCGACAAGCAGAAGUAAAAAUUAUUAGCACUGCAGUUUGUAAUAGACCACAAGUGUAUGCUGGAGUGAUAACACCGGGAAUGUUGUGUGCUGGAUACUUAGAGGGACGGGUGGAUGCCUGCCAGGGUGACUCUGGUGGGCCACUGGUGAAGGCAAACUCCAGAGGAAUCUGGUAUCUCGUGGGAAUAGUGAGCUGGGGUGAUGAAUGUGGCAAGGCAGAUAAACCAGGAGUGUACACGCGAGUGACUUCUUAUCGAGACUGGAUCGCUUCCAAAACAGGCAUCUGAAACCUUCAGUUGUUUAAGUUUUGUGGGCUGUGUGAAGGGCUAUUCCUUUAACACGUUCUGCUCUGUGGUUACCCUCUGAACAGCUGCUGCCUUGGCACGUGAUGAUGUAUCAAGUGCUGGCAAGCUUGGAGUAGUCUAGGACUUGAAAUUGGUUUGGCCUACAACCAGAAAGGAAUGAACUCAAUCAUGUGACACAGCAGUUUGUUCAGGAAGUACUCUAUCAAAGGGACAAAGACUUUGGUUUCUGUGCAACAUAGAGACCCUCUUCUCUGUGUCCAAAUUUUCUGGCUGCUACUCUGUGGGCCAAGCAUGAGCCCACAGAUCCGUUUAUCAGGAUCUAAAAACAGUUGUAACUAAAAUGUGACCCAUCCAUUUGCUGUGUGCUUCUAAGGCCCUGCCUGUCUGUAGACCAGCCACCAUUGAGGCCCUGACUCUAAGACUGCUGCACUUCUGAAUUCUCCUCGAGUUUUUUUUCCUGCAUUGUUCCAUGGAGCAUGUGCUGAUAAUGAACAGAAGUUUGCUUAGAGAAAUUUCAUUUCCUAGAAUCAUGUCAUACAAUUACCUAAGUGAACUCAGAAGUAUUUUUUGCUGUGUUGUCCUGAAAAAGUGAUUGCUGAAAAAAGCCAGUUUCUAUCCACCGCCUUUGAAUGUGUCUACUUCCUGCUUCUUAUGAACAGCCCCUACCACAGCAUUUGCCAUGAAAGUGAUUUCUGGACUUGAGAUCAAGUAGUACUUUGUGUUCACACUAGUCUAUUUGCUAUACAUAAAUAUCUGGUUGAAUGAAAUUCCAUUUUAAAACUUUCCAGAUUGUAUUGUUUUUAAUAAAAGUCCUAAGCUCUUUUGUGCAGGUUUGUAACAACCUCAGUAUGAACAUUGCCAAAAACUAUCUCCAAACCUGCUUAUUCUCAUGAAUGGUGUUCUCAAAUCUUAUUAAUAUAGAAAAGUUCGUCUGUAUCUCUUCAGUUACGUUAAAAAAAAAAAAAAAAAGAGUUGUGGUGGAAAUAUCUAUCUGCAUGUCUACUUCAGAACAAAGAAUGAGCCAUAAGUCAAAGUAAAGAUCUUUUUCCUGUCAGGAAUUAAUGACUGUGUUUUAUUGAUAGACCAUAGAUAACUCAUCUGGUCUCACAAACUUCAUAGUCUCUCUACCUUCAUUUUCAGGAGAUGAUGUUUCUCAAACUUUCUAUACCCUAGAAGUGGAAUGUGCCUACUCUUGAUGAAGAUGCCUUCCUUAAUGUAUCUGCAGAGUAUCUCCAAUGUUUUAUUCUGGUUGCUAAUAUGGACAACAGUGAGUGAUCUUAACUGCUAGAUACAGGAGUUACUCACUUGCUUCUGAUAGUCAGAAGAGGAAGAACUCAGCAAAGGAAAUACUAGCCACACUGCCAACAACCAAAGCUGAUGCAGUGUGGCAGACAAGCUAGGCCAGAAAAGACAAGCAAAGAAACAUCUUCAUAGUUAAAAGUUUUUGGCAUCUUCAUAGUUAAAAGAUCUGAGAAUAAAGGGCCCUCACUAAUUUUACUCUUAGGAUUUAAGUGUUGUCCAAAUUCAGUACAGGUCAGUUAACAUCAUCAAUGUUAAUACUAGGGAUCUUUGCAGCUUGCUUUAAGCCCUGCCCAACAGAGCUGCAACCCCUCAACUUUGUGGAAUUACUUUUACACAUCCCGUGAUUUAGGUGCCUGGAAGCACAGUGAACCAUGCUUUGUCUUUACUGGAGGUGUGGGGUGUUUGGACUCUCAAAAAAGAUUUGCAUGAAGGAGAAGGGUCUGAGGCGGUGGUUCUGUGCUUGUAUAUGUUGUGAACACCCAGCAUUUAAAAUGUCCUCUUAGGGAGCUUUUUGUAUGGAAUACUGUAUGAUCCAAAAAUAAAAUCUGGGUGGCCUAAGUUUUAGGCAGGGAAUAAGAAGUACCAAAGUGGUUCCAUAGGUUUGAGGCAGAGAAAUCUCAUUUUAGUGCCUUAAGCAGAACUUGAAUUUGAAUUAUAUUGCCUUUAUAUUAUGCAUGACAAAUGUAAGAAUUUUUUUUUUUUUGGCUGGUAACUAUACCCAGACAGUGAGUCACCCUGAAGAAAAGCAUUAUUACAAGACUCCAGGACUUUACAGUUCCCAAAGCAUUUCAGAUUUGGGUUUUCAAAGGACAAACUUCAUUGUAAUUCAGGAACAUAAUAUUGUUAGACCUGCAAAUCUCAGCUAUUUCACUGUUUUCCAAAAAACAGGUAAGUAGAUGUCCAAAAUAUUUCUUUUGAAUUUUUUUGAACUUUCUAGUUGUGCUUGAACAAAAUGAGAAAGUGUUAAGCAUUUUUCUCUGUGCAGAGGGCUUCUAUGAAUGUAAUCCUUCCAAGUAGUGCACACAAAGCUGAAAAAGUGAACUUGAUGUUUGCUUUGAUUUUUCUGGUUCUGGGAAUCCAGCUGGAAAGAUCUAGUACAUGAUUCACCUUAAUGCUGAGCGCCAGUGCAGGGUAGCCAGGAGGGGGGCUGUAGAGGAACAGACACCUACACAGUGUGUGUUUUGGGAGCCUUUUUUUGGAUUCCAGUUUUCAUCAUGGCAGCUGGAACAAGUUUUCCUGUCUGGUUUCUCCUGGAAGCAGUGUGGUUUGCAUGUUCUUGACUAUGUUAAGUAGUAUAAAUGAAAAUGCAAUAAAGUCACUUCAAAGAAUGGCCCUCAUCCACAGGAAUGUUGGUGCAGAUGGACCUGAUGGAUCCGGAUCCUUUUUGUAUGGCAAAACCACGAUGACAUCAGCAUUGUCGAGCUUUCCCUGAGAGCAACUGUGGAAACCUGAAAUAAUAUGGGCAGCAAAAAUUGUUUGCUUUAGGUCGUCUAGCAGAUACGUAUUUUUUCUAAUCUGAAGUCUUAAUUUUUUAUGAAAUCACAAGAUUUAUCUGUUUUCCACUAUGUUUUUGUUUGGAAUUAUCAUCAAGGUGGAAUGAGAUGCAUCUAACUAUAUAAUCAGACAUGACACACUGGAACAUGUGUUAAUUUAAUAAAAACAGUUAAAAAUAAUGUCUUAUCUCCAUGUAUUUGUUAAUUUCUUGUGUCAUGGCAAACAACUGUGAGCUAGGGACUGAUCUGUUUUACAGCAGUGUGUGUUUGCAGUGAUUCUGUACCAUGUACUUAUGUACUGGCUUUUAUGUGGUCCUUGACCAUCUGUCUUCAUUGGUGUGUUUGAGGAGUGUUGCUGUGCUCAUAUGUAUAGGACUUAACCCACCUGCCUUAAGGUUACCUAGUUUUGCAUGCAUUCAGGCAAAAGCAAGGUCAUGUGUCAGCCACUAGAGGGUGAAUCGUCUUGUCUAAGAGCCUUAAUCUCUUAGCUACUCGUGUUGCUCUGUUU